CACUUAUUCAUUCAUCAGUCAUCACUAACUCAAACAAACCCAUCAAACUGCUGAAGCACCAUCUGCAACCACACUACAACCUUCAUCAAAUCAACCCGCCACCAUCACAGUCGCCGCCGUGUGCCAAAAAUCAAUUUAAGUAGUUUCAAUUUGAAAUACAAAAUCAUUGAUUAUUCAAAUUCAAUGGCAGCAGGCACAGUUUACAAUUUUCCAAUGAUUGUUACUUGUUUCUCUUCCUCUGCGUACAAAAAACCCCAACCUAAUUUGUCCCUCCGUUUCAAUCCUCCUACCAUUAGAGCCUCCAGGUCAAGAAUUUGUGUUGCCCCAAUAGUUGCACGAAGGCUUCCCUGUCGAGCACUUACAGUACAUGGAUUGCUGGAUGAUGAUGAUGAUGAUCCUGUCACUGUCCCUCCACUAGAAUCACACAAUUCUGAACCGGUUGCUAGUAUUGACUUAAAGCUUCCAAGAAGAAGCUUGCUUGUACAAUUUACAUGUGACUUGUGUGGUGAAAGAACAAAGAGGCUUGUAAACCGAUUAGCUUAUGAAAGGGGUGCCAUUUUUGUACAGUGUGCAGGCUGUCAACGGCAUCACAAAUUAGUUGACAAUCUUGGACUCGUCACGGAGUAUGAUUUUCGGGAGAAACUGAAGACAGACUCAGAAAUUGAUCAAAUUUGACGUGUAACUCAUAACCAGUGACAUGUUUAUGUGACAUUUCCUGAUUAUUUCCAUAAUUAAAAAAUUCAUAUUCAUUAUUGUUCCCAAUCAAAGAUCAUGACAAAUAUAAAGAAAAAAUUGUAAGUAUUGGCACUCAAUAUUCAGAUCUGUACACCUGAAUGAUUUUACAUUUUGCAAACCAAAUAACUGUUUAGAGUGAAUCCAUGGUCACUAUGAGGCUCCUAGCAGCUGUAGCCAGUUACCGCUAGAAAAAUAGUAAUAGUAAAUACAGUUAUUGCCCAUAUAUUUCCCCCUUGGUGAUGGUUUGAUGGUGCACCAUUCUGUGAAGUAAAAAACAUAGAAUAUGAUCAGAACAAUGCAAUGCUAAUGAAAUGUAAUUUGAUAUUUCAAUGGCUAGAGGUAUUACCAAAUUAAGACUAGGUGCUGGUGCCGGCGUGUCGACAUCUGUAGUAUCAGUUGGUGGUGCAGGGGGACUUUUGUGAACAACUGUUGGUGCUGGAGCUGGUGCAUGAUGUCUCCUAUGUUUGUGUUUGUGUCUUCUUCUCUUGUGCUUGGGGGACUCAGGUGCUGGUACAGGUGGGACUAUUGCAGGUGUUGGUGCCACUAUUGGUGGCAAAGUAACAGGUGCAGGUGCUGGCACCGGUGUUGCCUUUACUGGUGCAGGAGCCGGCGGUGUUGGAAUUGGUGUUGGCGAUAUCUUCGGUGGUGGUAAUGGUGAAGCAACUGGUGGCGGUGGUAAUGGUGGUGAAGCAAUUGGUGGUGGUGGUAAUGUUGGUGGCAAUGUUGGAGUUGAGAUAGGUGAACUUUUUGGUGGUUGGGGCAGUGUGACUUUUGGAGUUGAAGCUGGUGCAACCUUUGGAACUGGUGUUAUCACUGGGGCAGUUUUGGGCGCAACCUUUGGAACUGGCGUUAUCACUGGAGCAAUUUUGGGUGCCACAUUUGCAGGCGUUAUCACGGUAGGUGGUUUUGGUGCCACCACGGUAGGUGGUUUUGUUAUGACCAGUGGUUUUGCCUUUGGGGCUGUAGCUGGUGCUUGGGCAUUGAAUCCUAGCAAGCAGCUGAGACUUAGUAAAGUCAGAGCCCAGAACAUUGUAGCCAUUACUGUUGUUUGUGAAUUGUUAGAGAUAAUAGAGAGUUUGUUUCAUAUUUAUUGGCUAUGAUGAAGCAAAUGGGGAGAAGCGUAUGGCUUGGAUCUUUUGUUGAAGGAGGAAAGUAGCCUUCAUUUGAGUUUGACACCAUUCAUUGAUCAUCUAAUAAGGCACGUUAACAAUUCAAAAUGUGUAAUGUGAUGGUUAUGGUGUAACUUUCAAGCACAAAUUACUAGCGAAGAAGGAUUUUUAGUAUACUAUUUUU